CGGUGCUGGAGACACGCGUGAGUUCCUAGCUGUCACCGGUCAGUUUAUCUGAUUGUACAGCGGUUGUCCCAAAGAAGAUGAACCGCCUCAUGUUUACCUGCUCCACCUGGGCCCUCUUGUGUUGUUAACCCACACAUCCCCUCCUCCCCCAGUCCGGAGAGGACGCACAUUCCCCGGCUACAAGGAUGAAGUGGUUUCCUGUGCUGUCCCUUCUCUUUUGGAUGUGUGCUGUCUACAUCACUGGGAUCUAUCUGUUUGUGGGUGGAUUCUUGCUGGUGAGGCUGGAGGUAAAUAGGACCAGCAGCUGCCUAGAUGCCCUCUAUCCCGGACAGGAACUAGAGAGGGACUUUUGCAGGGGACAGCCACGUUUCCGCAAAGCUGUCCUCCUCAUUAUCGAUGCUUUGAAGAUAGACUUUGCUCGAUUUGACCCCAACAACACGUCGCCAAGGCCUUAUGAGAACAAACUGCCGGUGUUGGACGAGACGUUAUCAGCCAAACCUUCCCAUAGCCGCUUGUACCCGUUCCGGGCUGACCCUCCUACCACUACAAUGCAGCGGAUAAAGGGGUUCACUACGGGCUCGCUCCCCACAUUUAUAGAUGUAGGAAAUAACUUUGCUUCAAGUGCCAUUCUGGAGGACAAUCUCAUUCAACAACUUGGUCAAGUUGGUAAACGAGUGGUGUUCAUGGGCGAUGACACAUGGGAGAAUCUUUAUCCUAAAAGGUUCCACCGCUCACUGCCUUUUCCUUCCUUCAACGUGAAGGACCUGCACACUGUGGACAAUGGGAUUCUGCAGAACAUCUACACAACAUUGGAAGGUGAUGACUGGGACGUCUUGGUGGCCCAUUUCCUGGGUGUGGAUCACUGUGGUCACCGGUUUGGCCCAGACCACCCAGCCAUGGCAGACAAGCUCACCCAGAUGGAUGGUGUUAUCAGGUCAGUGAUCAGGCGUCUGCAGAAUGACACCCUGUUGGUGGUGAUGGGUGACCAUGGGAUGACUGACACUGGAGAUCAUGGAGGAGAGAGUCAGAAAGAGACUGAUGCGGCCAUCUUUAUCUACAGCCCCUCCCCUUUGUUCCAGCAACCACAAAACCAGCUUGAGCCUGAGGUGGUGCCUCAGACUGACCUGGUCCCGACCUUGGCUCUGCUGUUGGGAAUCCCCAUCCCGUACAGCAGUGUGGGACAAGUGCUACUGCCCCUGUUUCCUCCUCAUGGGCAGAGUGCAGUUGGUGCUCUCAGCCAGCAGGAGGCACUGUGGAUCAAUGCAAAACAGGUGAACCGUUUUCUGGAAACCUACUCCAGCAUGGCCAAAGACAUCCCCCCGGAGACCCUGUCCCUGCUUCGGGCACAGUUCUCACAUCUCUCUUCUGAGUACAUCACUGCUCACCAGAAGGGCCUCCUAUCCUCCCCACAACUCACUGCCUCCCUCCAAGCUUACCUCACCUCCGUCCGGGACACCUGCCGCGCCACCUGGGCCAAAUUCAACCCUUUCAAAAUGGCCGCCGGUUUGGUCAUUUUAGCCCUGGCCUGCGCUACGUGUCUUCUCCUCUCUGAACUGUCGCUAACUUUCAUAAGGGAAAAUGGCGCGCUUAAAUCUUCAUGUAUUGCUGUGAUGCUAACGGGUGUUUGCGUCGCCAUUGCUCAGCUACUAGCUUGGGGCUACGUGGAAGUUCCUUGGUGCGUCGCUGGCGCCGCUCUUAGCUCCGAACUUUUGUUUAUCUGGAAAGCUUACAGAACUAGAACAGUUACCAAAACUGGAUUGAAAAAGUCCGCAAGUUGCCUUUCUGUACCGAAACUCCUCACUCCAGCUAUAUUAAUUUUGCUGUUACGCUGUGCCUCUCUCCUCUCUGAUAGCUAUGUCAUUGCGGAGGGCAGGGUCAUAACCUUUUUAGUAUUCUCCCUAGCUUUUUACAUCCCUGUUUACCUCAACUGGCACGGUUACCUCUUACCCCAAAUCUACGACUCACCAAAACCGUCCGCCUUGCUUUCUUCCCCAGCUCUGCCCCCUUCUGUUGUGAGAAAAGAAGUUAGUACGCUAAUGGCUAGCUUAGCGCUGGUCAUUGGUAGCCUAUUUCUCUCUCUGUUCUUCCAUGGAUGCAGGGAGGAACAAGGCUUGUGCCAACCCUCUCAAUUCCUGUCGCCUUUAUCUCGAAUGCAAGAUGACAAACUCAAAAAUCUCCACUACAUCUUAUCUGUUUCCGCCCUUGCUUUGUAUACAUUCUUGCUAAGAAGCUGGAUGCGUAACUAUGGCAACCUCAACGCCUCCAGUAUAACGGUUUUCACAGCAAACUGGAUUCUCCCAUUGUCGUCUAUCAGUUUAGGCUUACAUUGGGCUGUCAGCGGCACUCCCGAAGACAGUUUCAAGAAUCUCUCAGAGCUAAUCGGCUUGGCUCAGCUUGCAUUACCUAGGGCAGCGUACUGUUUGCUAACCGCGGGCUUGCUGCUUAUCUGGUUAGACCCUCUCACUGUGUUCAUAAAGUCCAAAACAUCUACGCAAAACAGACUGGCAUCGCGGUUACCUCCCCGUUACAGGGCGAGCAUCGGGAUCAGCCCCCAAGCCGAGCUACAUCACCUGAUACCCCAAAUAUACCAGCAGAUGAGGCAGUCCCUGGAUGAUGGAGAGUUGAGCGGGGCUGGAGAGGAGGAUGGUAGGCCCGCUGUGGAGGCUUAUGGGCUGGGUACAGUCUACUCGGCUCCUCUGCUCCUGUUCUGUGGGAUGUUGGGGAUAGGCUUGUUGUUGCUCCAUCCAGAAGGCAUGGCGCUGGCCUUUCUACUAGUGCUACUGGAGAUGGGAGCAGUGCUGUACAUUCAUGCUUCAGCCAACAAUCUGAGCAGGCCGGGCAAGAGUCAAGCAGGUGGGUUUAACGUGCCCUGGACUCCGGUGGUGCUUUGGGCUCUGGCUGCCACCCAGUUCUUCCAUGCCACAGGUCACCUGCCCACCUUCCCCUCCAUCCAGUGGGGGGCAGCGUUUGUGGGGUUCCCUGAUGGACACACUGGCACUGUUCUCCCGGCCUCUUUGGUCAUCCUCAACACAUUUGCUUCUUACAUCCUCUUAGCAGUCUCUUGCCCACUGCUGCUCCUCUGGCCUCUAGUAUGUGAGGUACGCUACAGCAGAGGAGAGAGAGCCUGUGGGGAUGAGGUGGAGGAUGCAGUGAUGGAGAUCCGACUGAGAGAGAGCCCACAGCAGUUCAGCUCAGCUCUGCUGCAGCUGUCUGCACGCUAUCUCUUUGUACAUGGAGCACAGGUGUUUGCGUCGGUCUGUGCAGCUGCUAUCCUCAGGAGACACCUAAUGGUGUGGAAGGUCUUUGCACCCAAGUUGAUGUUUGAGGCAUCCGCAUUCAUCGUCACCAGUCUAUCUAUGUUACUGGGAGUCACAUUCGUGCUCAGAAUAGACUCUGCUGUAACUCAGUGGUUUAAGAGACUGGUCCCAGAUGCGUCCAGGUAGCAUCUGCACUACUUGUGUUAAAACCUGUGAAGCCCAAUCAAGCCUGCCAAUAUAGUAUGGUAAUGUAUUGGACAAUUUAAAAUGGACACUAACCUAUGGUUGAAAAGUGGAUUCAGCUCUAUGGGUAUUUGAAAAAUGUAGAAUGUUUUUUAUAACUUUGGAUCAUUUUUAAGCUCUGAUAGGAUCUUGGUGCAUGCACUAAAUGUUGAACGCAAAAAGUAAAAUGCACAAAACUCUUACUUACUUUGUUCAAUUGUGAAUAUUGUUUCUAAGCAAAACUGCCAAUGAUCUGCCAUUUUUCUGAGCCGUUACUAUGUGCUAAACUGGUUGCCAGGUUGAGAAAUGGUGAGAGGCAUCAAUAGUAAGCAACCAAGUCAUUACUCAAGCUAAUCGGUCACAAAGUACUGAUGUAGAUGAGACAGUGAUACAAUAUGUACACAUUGGGAAGUUUUCUAGGGUUUGUACCUUUACGAUGGAAUCUGUUUUACCUUGAAUUAACUUUUUAACCACUUUUUGUUUCUAAUUUUGUUGUUUUAAAUUGAUGUCAUUUUCUAAUCAAGCAUUUUGGUGGUUUUCUGGGUGAAAAUGUAGUUUAGUCAUUUAAACUGACAACAAUGCAAUUCUUUGUGAUUGAAGAAUGCCACCACAUUUUGAAGCUUCAGUGGGUAAUACUUUUGCUGACAGAGACGAUGUUAAGCUUUUUGUCAGGUUUUGCUUCAUGUAAAUUGGCCAACUGUUAUUACUUGGGAUUCAGUUUUGUCAUGUUUUUUGUUUUUUUUUAUUUCAAUGCACGGGUCACAAUAUUGAACAAUAUUGAAUAUUGAACCACAAACUGGAAAAUGGUUUAAAAUCUUCACUGUUAGACUCUAGCUUAGCAUAUAUGAAGUGGUGUUCUUCCUGUAUCUGCAAAAGAACGGUAUACUUAACUCUUUUCUUGCUGCGCAAAAUGGCGCUGAAUGAGUGACAACUUGUGUCACAUAGAUUUUUUUAUAUGUAAGGGCUGAUUUUAUGUUUAAAGUGCACUGUGUAACUUCUGGUAGAGGCUCCACUACCUCCUUGUUUCCAUAGAGAUGUUAUUACUUUGCCUGAAAUGUUGAACACAGUAUGGCACUAUUAUAUCUUAUGUUCAAUUCUAGGUGUUUUAUUGCUUAAAAAAUACAUUGAAAAACAUAGAUUCUUACUGUGAAUGAUGCUUCAACUUUGCAGUUUUGAUCUAUAACUAGGCCUGGAGGUGUCACUUGUUGUCUCUACGGAACUGGGACAGAUUUAAUGCCAUACUGUGUUACAUACCAGGCAUAGCAAUACCACUUCCAUGGAGACAAGCAGACUGGGGUUGUCAGAACUAUAAAAAAUCAAAUACUAAUCGAUAUUGCAAAAAAAUCACAUUAACAGGACAAAUUUUGAGCUUUCCUUGACAGAUUUAGAGUGAUUUUGAACAAAUGUAAGACCCUGCGCUAAGAAAUUACUACUAUUUUGUAUAUAAAAAUUAGAUUAUAUUACAAAAAAAUACCAUGUUCAUUGUGAUAUCAAAAUGGAUAUCAAGUAUUGAGGAGUGAAUAUCGAGCUAGCUCCAACAGUUAUAUAGUGCACCUUAAACCAUAAACUAUGCUAAAAGUUAAAAGGCACAUCCAUUGCAAUCUCACCUGCCCGCUACUUUAAUUUUAAACUUUGGUCAAUUUCACAUGAACCCAACUUUUUUUCCCUGAUGACUUUAUGUGUUGUAGUGGGAGUUUUCAGGCAGCUCUGGUCUGAUACUGCAGUCUCCCUCAGCUGUUAUUGCUCAUUAGCUAAUGCAUGAAACGGAAAGGGCCGGCAGGAUUCUCAGGUUGAUUUGUGACACUGCUGUUGUGUGCAUUUCUGAUGAAGGUGGGUGUGAGGGUGGAAGAAUUGAAAUGGUGAUGUAAGCUUUGGGAUGGCCUGACUGUAUUUGUAUGACCAAGCACAUUUGAUUCUGUUCUCAAAGUGUUUAAUAUAUAAAAUGUCCAAUGAACUGCAAUGGUUUUACAUUAGUGUCACUGUGUAAUAAAAUUUUUGUACAUG